AUGCAGUGGACCACCAUCCUGAUCGCACUUAGUGCCCUCUCUACCCAGGUAUACGGAGCUGCUACGGGUAGCCCCUUCGAGAAGCUUCCCAUAACCGCCCCGACUUGGGAGGUGGAAGUUACUCCAGGCGGCGACAAGGCCACCCUCAGUGGCACCGCGCAAGAAGUGCACGCACAGCUCCUCCAGCUGAAUCCCAACUACGACAGCGACUUCCCCGUCAAGCACAGCGAAGAAGAGUCAUCCAGUGUGACGAAGCGAGACUUUAAAUAUGAGAAAUACUACUGCUGGGGAGAAGACGGCUGGCAUUAUUCCCGCAAGCGUGGCGAUAAUGGCGACCUACAGGAUGGGAUCGAUUACCUCAACAGCAUAGGAGGCACACCGGGACAGUCCGCUGGCACCUGUGGUCGCGUCAGUUGCUCAUACAAUAUGGCCAUCUAUUGGUGCAACGCCAAUUCAGAGAAACACUACCUCAAGUCCUUUGGAACUAUCGCUGAUGGCGCCCAGUUCCUUUUGGACAAGUGCGGUGGAGAUAACAAGCCCCAUGGGGAAGUGGUCGCCCCUAAUCACUGGAGCGUCCGGGUUGUGUCGGAUGCCUGUUAA